CCCAGACCACUGCGAUCGGUCACAAAAUCUCCAAAGAAGAGCAUAAGCAGAGCAAUGGCGUCGCACUUCAGCGGUGUUCUACAGCUGACAGACCUGGAUGAUUUCAUCACACCAUCUCAGGAAUGUGUCAAGCCUGUGAAAGUCGAAAAGAAACAAGGAAAAUCUGUGGCCAAAAUUCAGAUAGAAGAUGAUGGCAGUUAUAUCCAGGUCAAUCAGGAUGGUGGGAAACAAAAGUUAGAGAGAGCCAAGAUCACUCUCAAUGAUUGUCUGGCCUGCAGUGGUUGUAUCACUUCAGCUGAGAGUGUCCUUAUUACACAGCAAAGCCAUGAGGAGCUUUUUAAGGUGCUUCGCAACAACAAAAUAAAUGAAAAAGAGCAGAAAGUGGUUGUGGUGUCUGUGUCACCACAGUCGAGAGCAUCACUUGCUGCACACUAUGGCCUCAGCAGUAGUGAGACGGGCAGAAGACUUACCACAUUCCUGAAAAACCUAGGAGUACACCAUGUGUUUGACACUAGCUUUAGUCGCACGUUCAGUCUCCUGGAGAGCGAGAAAGAAUUUCUGGAGCGCUUCCAGAGAAAGGAACAGGAUUGCAAAGCUCUGCCAAUGCUGACGUCUGCCUGUCCAGGAUGGAUUUGUUAUGCUGAAAAGACACAUGGAGAAUUUAUUCUUCCAUAUAUUAGCUCUACUCGGUCGCCUCAGCAGAUGAUGGGAUCGCUAGUUAAAUGUUAUUUUGCUGAGCAACAGGGGCUCAGUCCUCAGCAGAUAUACCAUGUGACAGUCAUGCCAUGCUUUGAUAAGAAACUUGAGGCCUCAAGGCCAGAUUUCUACCUAACAAAUGAUGAGACUCGAGAAGUUGAUUGUGUCAUUACUUCAGGUGAGGUUCUGAAAAUGCUGGAAGAGGAAAAUGUAAGUUUAAAUGAUGUGACACCUAUGCCACUUGACAUUCUGUUCAGUAAUGUGAGUGAGAAUGAGUACUUGAGCCAUGCAGGUGGUAGCUCUGGGGGUUACCUCCAUCAUGUUUUUAUCAAUGCUGCCAAACAGUUGUUUGGAGAAGAGAUUAAGGAGCUCUCAUACAAGACUCUCAGAAAUAAAGACUUCCAGGAGAUAACUUUGGAAAGAAAUGGCGUUGUCCUGUUGUCAUUUGCUGCAGCGUAUGGUUUUCGUAAUAUUCAGAAUCUUGUACAAAAACUCAAAAGAGGAAAAUCACCCUAUCACUUUGUUGAAGUUAUGGCCUGUCCCUCAGGAUGCAUCAAUGGUGGUGGGCAAGUCAAACCUUCAUCAGGUCAAAACCCAAAGGAGCUUCUCCAGAAAGUUGAUGAGCUCUACAAAGCAGACCUUCCAGUGCUUCCAGAGGAUGACACUCAUGUGUCUGAGCUGUAUGAAACAUGGCUGCAGAGUGUAGGCAGUGAAAGAGCCAGGGAGCUGCUGCACACGCAGUACCACACAGUGGAGAAGAUGACCAAUGGACUCACUAUGAAGUGGUGAACUAACUUGACCUUAAACUUACACCUAUAAUAUAGAAAGGAAUUACGGAAACCUAUGUAACCAACAAUAUGCAUUUGUUUCUCGGAGGGGACCAGGUAAGAUCUUGAAUAAGGUCAAACAAGUGGCAGAUCCUGUGUAAAUUUGUCUCUUGUGUUGCCAUAUUUAUGAUAAAAAAAACCUAGACAAAAUAAUAUAUUUUUGAAUAAAGGUAUUUUGAAGUGCAAGGU